GUCUCGAAUCCUCGUUUCGUCCGCCUGUCUGUGUCCUCGCCUCUCCUCGCCCUACCCCACCUUCAACUAUCAAAUAUGCCGAACGAAGGCCUUGGAGUCCCUGUCAAACUGUUACACGAGUCCCUGGGGCACAUUAUCACUGUUGAGCUGAAGACGGGGCAAUUGUAUCGGGGCAAGCUCGCUGAAGCGGAGGACAACCUCAAUAUAUCAUUGAAAGACAUCACAGUCACUGGCAGAGAUGGUCGUGUAUCUCAGUUAGACCAGGUCUACAUCAGGGGAAGUAUGGUCAGAUUUUUCAUCGUCCCAGAUAUGUUGCAGAAUGCACCAAUGUUCAAGCGUGUCGGCCCGAACGCUAUGAAGGGCAGAGGUAUCGGUACAGCGCGUGGGCGUGCCACUAUUAUGCGGGCGAAUGCGCGCCGCGGUCGGGGUAUGCCUGCUGCUCGGGGAAUCAGACGGUAAAAACUCAAUCAGUAGCAUGUACCUUUACUACCAUUCGUGACUCUGCAUUGCCUGUCCAUUUAUGUUGUAUCAUCUCUCUCAAAAUAAUGCAGAAUAGCUGCCAGCUGCUCCGGUACUCGGUAAGACCUACCUGCGCC